GUCGUUAUAAAGAGGCUAGCGAUUGAAUAAAAAAUUUGGGUUAGCCAAUAGGAAAGCGUAUUCGUAUUACUUCCGUCUUCCGCGUCAGGACGUAACCACUACCAACACUCCUGUCAAGACGACGAAGCAAAGGGCUGAAGAUGCUUUAGAGGGCAGCCAGGAGGAGGACGCAUACGAGAAAGUGUGGUACAGCCUGCUCGAUGGAUCCAGAGGCAUCUGUACUGCUGGACUGCUCACCCUGGAAGGGCCUGAGGGAAGCUCAGGUGGAAGUGGAGCUUUCAGCCAGGUAUAACCGUAAGAACGUGGCAGAGGUUGAACAAUACAUCGAGGAAGUGUGGACAGAGAGGGUGACCCAGGAUCCCUGGCUCUUCAAUGGAGCCAAGUUCAGACUCUUCUCUGCUAGACUGACACCUCAUCUCACCUGCAAUGACAUCCAAGGAGCAGGAGAUGCACACCGGGAGGGGUUUAGUGUGAAGCAAGAAAGCAGGAUAGGGGCUGGUGACGGUGAUUCAGUGGCCUUGUCUCCCACCGCAAAAGGCAGGAAAGUGGAUUGGAGGAGAGGUGACACAAGAGAACAGAGUGGGGCAACCAAACAGACCAACGAGGGGCAAAAUAACAUGGAGAGAGUCAGUGAGAAUGGCGAAAUGUUGGAGCGAGAGAGAGGUGUAUGCACUCCACAAGAAAUACAGUGCACUCAGAAAGACACAGGGUCACGUGUAGACUCGGAGAAACACGCACUACACCCCCAAAACAAAGGAACGAGUUAUUCCAACUGCCACAACGACAAGCUGGCGACGUGCCCACAGGCACAGAGAGGAACGGAGAGAGCAGAACACGCCCGCCUGAUCCUGCAGCUCGGCCUCACCUGUUACAAAGACUUCCUGGGCACCAACUGGUCCAGGGGGGUGGGGGCCCUCAUGAGGCGCGGGGCGGCCGAGUUUGGGGACCCGCACGCCCUCCUGGCCCAGCCGCUGGGGGUGGGAGGGGUGCUGCGGACCGCAGACGGCCUGCUCGUGCUGCUCAGGAGGAGCCAGAGGGUGGCGGAGGCAGCGGGGCUCCUGGAUAUACCCGGGGGUCACCCUGAACCCAAGGCUGUGUGCCAGGGGGUGAGUGAGGACAGCAUCCAGGUGGAGCAGCUGACGGAAAGCGCCGUGGUCAGGGAGCUCUUCUCCUCCAUUUGUAUGGAGAUCAGGGACGAGGUGAACAUUCCCCUUAGUACGCUAAGCGAGCCGGUCCUGUUGGGAAUCGCCCUCAAUCACACCAGCGCGGGUCGACCCAGCGCCGAGUUCUACAUCAGUUGCUCUCUGUCCUCUGAAGAGGUGAAGAAGUUCUAUUGGCAGGGAGGCCCUGAGGCCCACGAAUCUACUGACAUUGUUUUUCUGAGCGAAGAGGAAAUGAUGCAGCUGGAUGAUUGCGCCCCCUUGUGGAAGGAGCUGUGCCCCUCGGCCAAGGGAGCAGUGAUGCUGUACCGGCUCGUGUUGCCAGACAUACUGAAUGUUUCCACCGACAAGUGAACGAAUGGAUUUGAUUGAUAAAAUAUCUGUAAAAGCCAAAAUACCAGGACAUUAGUAUUUUAUGUCAAAAUUUGAGCGAUUACAUUUAAACACCAGCACAAGCAAGUGGUGGCUCAAUGAAAAGGAUAUGUUUAAUAGCCACUUAAGGAAGUUACCCCAAGCAGCCAAAAAAGAAACAGCAUCUAACUUACAGACAGUAUGAAACAAUUAUAAAAUACAUUCAGUACAUUUAAAAAAUAUAUUUUUAAGUACAUUAUUUAGAAGAUAAGAUUGAUUUUAAUAAACUUAUUUUUUGAAUGUG